AUGCCAGUGCAGACUCAGGCCGACUUUAUCCGACAAUGGUUGCCAGUCCGUGACCAGGUGCUUGCCCGCCUGCUCGAACUGGAAGGGCCGCAAGAUAGACGAAGAUGUGUCAUGUGCAGCCAGGAGUGGAGUCCAUGGAGAUGCGUGGACUGCGUGGGCCGGCCAAGCCUGUGCACCGAUUGCUGUCUGAGUCGGCACAGUGCCGAAUAUCUUCACCACCUGGAGCGGACAGGUUAUUUCAAGGCCAGCUCACUACUUGCCGCUGGUCUGCGCAUCAACCUUGGGCAUGGGAACUGGCGGUGUCCAAUUGAAGAUGAUGCUUCGCUGCGGAAGCUGACGGUGGUUGAUAUCACUGGCGUCCAUUCAGUCUGCGCCGCCAUGUGCAAAUGCCAAGGGGCGGAUCCGGAGGCCUUCCAGCUGCUCUCGAUGGGUCUAUAUCCUGGAUCUUUCAUCCGCCCUCGAACUUGCUUCACGUUCCGCGUCUUGGACGAUUUCCUGCUGGCCAACAAAGUUUCUGGAAUGGCAGCUCAGAGCUACUUCGAACGGUUGCGUCGCCUAUCCAAUGCCGCCUUUCCUCAGCGAGUGCCGGAUCGCUAUCGCGAGCUUCUCCGCUGCAGCCGACAGUGGCGCAAUCUCAAAUAUCGCAAAUGGCGUGGGUAUGGGCAUACAGAAGAAGAACUUGGACCGGGAAGACUGGCACUGAGCUGCGUAGCCUGCCCUCACCCCGGCGUCAAUCUCGAAGCAGACUGGGAAAGAGACGUUGAUUCCCUUAGUGCCACCGUGCAGCUGGAAGCAUAUGGCGUCUCACAAGCGAUGCAGCAUCAUGACGGACUCAAGCGUUUCCUGGUCAUGUACGAUGUCUCCUGUCAAUACAGCAAGAAAGUGAAGGGCCGGUUCAAGAGCAGCCCGCGAUUCCUGAAAUGGCCAUCCGCGACAAUCGACUGGGGAAUUGGCAAAUUCCACGUCCACGGGCAUCAGCGGGAUUGCCUGGUGAAGUAUUCGCCAAGCUUCAUUCCAGGAGCAGGCCUAGUCGAUGGCGAGGUCAUAGAGACGUUGUGGGCUCCUCUGAACCGGAUUUCAGGCAGCACCCGAGCGAUGUCGACGUCCCAUCGGAAGGAGGUGAUAGACGACCAUAUGAACGAUUCAAACUGGCGGAAGACGACUGGCAUGGUCAAGAUGCUAUCAAAGCGAUUCUUACAGGCGGUAAAGGAAUUGGCACGGAGCAAGGAGACGCUCAAUCAUAUGGAGCUCUCGAGCAGUCCCGAGCACCUGGCCGAAUGGAAGCGGCUGGAGGCAAAAGCGCGCGCGGAGAGGCGUGACGAUUUGAGCGUCAUGGAGCCAUACGAGGUUAUGCGAACCAAAGCACCCGGAAAAAGAGACAUUCAGCUUCUCUUAGAGCAGGAAGAAGGAAGGACGAAGACGAAUGCUGGCCUCGCAUCCUGGCUGGCGGAGGGUUUGGCUCUCCAGGAGCAGCAACUGACCGUUGCUGCAUUGGCGAGGCGCGUCAAUAGCGACUCGCUUCUCACGGCGCAGUUGCAAUUAGUCAACAAGCGAAACAGGCUGCAGCGUGCCAUCGACAGUUUUGCCAAGCAGGCCUCCAGCUUCUGGAAAGACGGUGUGGACUCUGACAACGAUGACGAAGAGACGGACGAUGAAGAAGAGCGAGCCUAUGCUGGUGAUGACUGGGAAGACAUGGAUGAGGAUCCGGAUGUGACGGAUGACUUGGUAGUCCUGGAGGAUCCAGACGAUGAGACGCAGCCAGAGAGCAUUCCGCUGCGGCUGCCCUCGACCAUUGGGCACGAGAAAUUGGCAACGAUGAACAAGCGGCGACUUGGCGAGCAGGAGCUCCGCCUCCGUGAAGGGCAAGCCAACGACGCUCUGCACAGGCUUCGCAUGGCAAUUGGCCUCAAAUCGAUGGUCUAUGUAACCCAGGUGCGGCCGGCCAACAGCCAGCGGACGCAAACACGUGCAUUCAAGGAAGCCCAGAAUGUGGAGAAGGUCAUCCUUGAGUGCUCACGGGUCUUCACACUUGCUCGCAGGAACAUGAUACCGCUUACGCUGCCCCCACUGAUGAGAAAAUACAGGCCAUUGCACAAGGAGGAUUUGAAUGCAGCAACACAUCUCGUCGAUCACACGGAGCGCAACGCGAGUAAGAAAGAGCUGUCGUGGAUAUGGUCGGUCGACGUCGGAGGAGACACUGAGAAUUCAGAGUGGCUUGCAGAACUUCAUCGCGUCAACUGGUUGCGGGAAAAGGCGAGGCACGACAGAUGGGAUGAGCAAGUGUCGUUGGUGAAAGAGGAGAUGAAGCGGACCAUCCGCUCUUUUGACUUCCAUGCUGCGCGGUGGAAUGGCCUCGUUCAUGGCAGUCUAGGCCACCGCUCAUACGCCAUGCGUCAGCAAGCGCAUUGGCGUACGCUAGGGGACGAGGCACACGUCUCUUUCACUUCGUUACCAGGAAUGACUCCUAUAGUCCGGACGGUACAGAUGCCCAGAAGCGAUGCAAUGGAUAUCGAUUGA